AUGGGGAAAAAACUUGAAAAUCAAGUCAACCACAAAUCUCAUGGAAGCCUUUUCCCACAAAAUACUAAAGCCAACCUCUUCAUUCCCAGCGCCCCACUUUUCCUUGGCGCUUCUAGAAGUGGAAUCAAGGCUCCGACUACUGUUCUUGGGAAGGUGUAUCCUGCAAAGAGGGUUGUUCUGCAGUUCAUCGAAAACCUGAAUUUGGCAUAUAAUAACUUCAAUUAUACAGAGAUUCCAUCCCAGCUCGGGAAGCUAACCAGGUUGAGUAAUUUAAAUCUGUCAAAUGCUGGCUUUGUGGGCCAGAUUCCAGUUGAGAUUUCGCACUUGACAAGGUUGGUAAUCCUCGAUCUCUCUACUUUAUCCUUUCUUGGAUAUCCUUCUAUGAGACUUGAUAAUCCAAAUUUGAGUUUGCUCAUUGGGAACCUUUCUGAGCUUAUGGAACUUCGUCUUGAUGGUGUAGACAUAUCAUCACAGAAGAAUUCUUGGUGCCAAGCCAUAUCAACCUCAUUGCCAAAGUUGAGGGUGCUGAGCUUGUCCAGUUGUACUCUUUCAGGCCCUAUUGAUUCUUCCUUACGGAAGCUUCACUCCCUCUCAUUGAUUCAUAUAGAAUAUAAUCAUUUGUCUUCUCCAGUUCCAGAAUUCUUCUCAAACUUCACAAAUUUGACUUCCUUACGCUUUGGUAAUUCUGGCUUACAUGGUACUUUCCCAAAUAAGAUCUUUCAGUUACCUAGAUUACAGACUAUUCACUUAUGGGGUAAUCCACAGCUUCAAGGUUCAUUACCAGAGUUUCCGAAAAAUGGAUUGAUUCAAUCUCUAGUUCUAAGCGGAUCAAAUUUUUCAGGGUUAUUGCCAUACUCUAUUGGAGUCCUCACAAUGCUGUCCCAAUUAGAUGUUUCAUAUUGCAAUUUUACAGGACCAAUCCCAAAGUCGGUGGAAAAUCUUGCAGGAUUGGUUUACUUGGACUUGUCAGGGAACAAGUUUAAUGGUUCAGUUCCAUUUUUCAGAAUGGCCAAGAAUCUUACCCAAAUAAAUCUCUCUAAGAAUUACCUAACAGGUCAGAUUAAUUCCACUCAUUGGGAGCACCUUACGAAUCUGCUGAUUCUUGACUUGCAUUCUAAUCUACUUGAUGGAAGUUUUCCCUUCUCUCUAUUUUUGCUUCCCUCACUUGAGAAAAUAUUACUUUCCAACAACCAAUUCUCUGGUCAGUUGCUUGAAGUCCCCAAUAUCUCUUCGUACAUUUUGGACACUCUUGAUUUGAGUAGCAAUAAUUUGGAAGGGCCAGUUCCCAGGUCUCUCUUUAAUUUGCAAGGGCUCAAGAUUCUUUCACUUUCUUCAAACAACUUCAGUGGCCUUCUUUGUCUCAAUGAUCUUCAGCAGCUAAGGAAUCUUUCCAGUGUUGAUCUUUCGCACAACAGCUUGUUGAUUACUUAUGAGCAUCAUACUAAUUCCUCAUAUUCUUCCUUUCCUCAACUGACCCCAUUGCUGUUGGCUUCUGGAGAGUUAAGAACGUUCCCUGAGUUCUUGAGGAAUCAAUCUGAAUUAGCCUAUUUGGACCUUUCAGAAAAUCAGAUUUUCGGCCAGAUACCCAAUUGGAUUUGGAGACUCAACCUUCUUCAGUUAAAUCUUUCUUGCAACUCCCUGGUAACUCUAGAAGGUCCAAUGCUAAAUCUCUCGUCUCGUCUAUUCGUUCUUGAUCUUCAUUCCAACCAGCUUCAGGGACAAAUCCCAGUUUUCUCAUCACCUGCUUAUUAUUACAACAUUCAAUACCUGGAUUACUCAAGGAAUAAUUUCAGCUCUAGCAUACCAGCUGAUAUCGGGAAUAUCCUUAAUUACACUAGAUUCUUUUCUAUUUCGAACAACAACAUCCACGGCAGCAUCCCAGGAUCGAUAUGCAAUGCAUUUUAUCUUCAGGUUCUUGAUCUUUCCAACAAUUCUUUGAGUGCCAUGAUUCCCCCAUGUUUGACUGCAAUGAGCAGUAAUCUUGCAGUUCUUAAUUUAGGGACAAACAGCCUAACUGGUACUAUUUCUGACACAUUUUGUCCAGAUUGUGGCUUGAAAACCCUAGACCUCAAUGGAAAUCAAAUAGUAGGCCAGUUUCCGGAAUCUUUAGGAAACUGCAGACUGUUAGAGGUUCUAAACCUUGGAAACAAUCAGAUCACUGGUACCUUUCCGAAUUUGUUAAGUGAAAUGCUCAUCUUGCGGGUCCUUGUUUUGCGCUCUAAUAAAUUUUAUGGAGAGAUUGGAUGUCCCAAGACCUAUGGCAGCUGGCCACUACUUCAAAUUGUUGACAUAGCUCACAACAAUUUUAGUGGUACAAUACCAGGAAAAUGCAUGAGGAGUUGGCGAGCAAUGAUGGCUAAUGAUUCCUUGUCAAAGCUCAAACACCUUCAGUUUGAGGUGUUCACUCAGGUUUAUUAUGAUGAUGCAAUAACUGUUACCAACAAAGGUCUAGAGAUGAAGCUGGAAAAGAUUCUAACUAUUUUCACCUCAAUUGACUUCUCGGGCAACAAAUUCAGCGGAUCAAUACCUGAAGAAGUUGGAGAGCUCAAAUCACUCUAUGUCCUUAACUUGUCCAGCAAUGCUCUCACAGGUGAAGUCCCAUCAUCUUUGGGAGACUUACAACACAUUGAGUCCUUGGACUUGUCAAGUAACAAACUUACCGGAAAUAUUCCACUGCAACUUGCGAAGCUCACUUUCCUUGCAGUCUUGAAUCUCUCAAAUAAUCAACUUGUUGGAAGGAUCCCAAGCAGUACUCAGAUUUCAACAUUUUCUGCAGAUUCCUUUACAGGGAACAAAGCAUUAUGUGGAUUUCCUUUGAAUGUACCAUGCAGUAAUACCAACGAGACAACAAAGUUUCAAUACCACAAGUCAGGAAUUGGGUCGGUGGUUGAUUUGAAUGUUAUCGGUACUGUUGAGAUUGGAUGUAUUGUUGGCUUUGGAAUUGCUACCGGCUCACUUGUGUUCUGCAAUAGAUGGAGGAAAUGGUAUUACAGAGCUAUGUGUAACAUCAUAUUAAAGAUAUUCCCUCAGCUGGAUCACAGAUUUGGUCCACACAGAAGACAUGUUUACAUAAAUCCAAGGUGGGGAAGAUGAAAAGGCACAUCUUUCAAAGAGCAAUGCAGCUGGACUUCAUUAUGGAAUUUCUGAGGUCGAUUAUAGAUA